UCUCUGUGUGUAAGACAAUAUUCCCAAUAAUAAAAUACCUGUGGGUCUGCAGUUAAGUUUCCAGUUUCUUCCGCCCCCCCCUCUACCGCACACAAAGACUCAGUCAGGACCGGAGACAAUGAGGGCAUUGAGAGCAGACCCUCUCCUUCAUUUGCACAUGAUCUCCCUUUACCCACAUUUACCAAUAAAAUCUUUCGAAUUGUUUUUUCUGUUUUUCUUAUUUUGCUUUAUUCCUCUUGGUUCCUUUUAUGGUUUACCCAAACAUCAACCCAUUUCCCAUCCCUUAAAACCUUCUAUUUUUGGGGAGGGGGAGGGGGGGGGGGGUUCCUCUGCGCGUCACACCAACUCGUCUCUCCCUCGGCCAGUUCAGGACGACUUCAGGAACUUCCUUCUAACUAACUCCACUUGUUGAUCGGCGCUUUUAUUCACGCCUCGGCGCAUCUGAUCGUCCCCGUCUGUCCGCAAAACGGAGGCGCAACAUCUUCUUGUCCGCAACGUGCAUGUUGUAAGUCCUCCCUCUUUCCGGGUUACAGUAAUCCAACUCAUGGCAUCGCGGACGCGCAGUCAUCACCGGCCAAGAGGCUGUUUGGAUUCUUUCCCCUCUCUUUGGCUCUGAAGAUAAUGUCAGUGAUGUGUGUCAGCGAGGCGACGUUUCAGCGGCGGUCCGAAGUUUUCUGCGCGUAAAGAAAGUGUAGGGGAGCAGGGAGGAAAGAUGGGAGCACUUUCGGCGUUUCUUCUCGACGUCGGUGAGCUCGGGUGAUGACACCCGAUCCUCCAAGUGUCAGUGUUCACAUCACUGGAGCUGCUUCACACAACUCUGAGCCGAAACGUUCAACAUGGCUUGAUGAGGCGGUUCACGUGGCGCCUGGUAUCCGGGAGUAAGGAUGAAUGCAAAGCGGUUCUUGCUGAAGCUCAGGAAGACGUUCGUCCCCCCUCUCCUCUCUGUGCUGACGUUAAUUUUCGUGCUGCUGGUCAGCGUCAAGUACAUCUACAUCCUUGAGUUUCUGGAUCCUCCGCCAGCUCCAACCAAUCAGCCGUUUGUCAAGCACAACAUCAGCUGCAAAGCUAUUUAUGACAUGGACCCGGUAGAAGUGGGUAAAUCUCUCAUCAUCAGAAGGAAAACUGCGGUGGAAGAUAAAGACGAAAGACUGAUCAACUUUAUACAAAAUUGCCCUGUCUUCACGAAGAUCAGGGGUUAUGACGAUUUGUGUGUUUCUGAGGAAGAGAAGGAUUUUCCCAUUGCGUACUCUUUGGUUGUACAUAAAAAUGCGUGGAUGGUGGAGAGACUCCUCAGGGCGGUGUACUCUCCCAACAACAUCUACUGCAUACACUAUGAUCAGAAGUCAUCGGCUCAGUUUGUCGCCGCCAUGGAGGGUUUGUCCCGCUGCCUGCCUAACGUCUUCGUCUCCAGCAAACUCGAGGCCGUUUUCUACGCGAGCAUCAGCCGCCUGAAGGCCGACCUCAACUGCCUGUCAGACCUUCUGACAUCGGAGGUCAAGUGGAAGUACGUCAUCAACCUUUGCGGCCAGGACUUCCCGCUGAAGUCCAACAUGGAGCUGGUGUCAGAGCUGAGGCGGCUGAAAGGCUCCAGCAUGUUGGAGACGAGUCGACCUAGUGAGCUCAAGAAGCAGCGGUUUCUGUACCACUACGAGCUGCAGGACGCCAGUUUUGAGUAUAAGAAACUUCCGGUAAAAACACAGCAGGCAAAGACUCCGCCGCCGCACAACAUAGAGAUGUUCAUCGGCAACGCCUACUUUGUGCUGUCGCGGGAGUUUGUCCAGUUCAUGAACUCAUCCCCUGUAGUGAGGGACUUCCUGGCCUGGUCGGAGGACACCUACUCUCCAGACGAACACUUCUGGGCCACGCUUGUGCGACUGCCAGGCGUUCCCGGGGAGGUGCCCAGGUCCCAGCCCGACAUCACAGACCUGAUGAGCAAGACGAGGCUUGUGAAGUGGCAGUACCUGGAGGAGAACCUUUACCCUCCGUGCUCGGGGCAGCACGUGCGCAGCGUUUGCAUUUUUGGUGCGGCCGAACUGCAUUGGCUGCUCAACUACGGUCACUGGUUUGCCAACAAGUUCGAUCCCAACGUGGAUCCCGUUCUUCUUCAGUGCCUUGAGGAGAAACUGGAGGAGAAGCAGAAGUUGUUUCAAAAAGGGAGAAGUUUGACUUGCCCAAGAGGUUAGCUAAAAUGUUGGCUGUU